UUUUUAGAUGUGUCAAAUGCAUGAACACAAGCCUGGUCACUUUGUCUGUACUUUUCGGCCCGAGGAGUCCAAGUAAGGUAGUCAGGUUGCAUUGUUUUUAGCUGUAGGCUGUAUUAGAAUCUCACGACGCACAUGAUCAGGUAACCUGGGAAAUGUCAAAUGAUUCUUGACAACAACAACACGUUACGGACUUCUAUCGAUUUGACAGCUGAAACAGCUUUUCAAGACGGUGGAUGAAAGGAGAAAUACAUAUUCAAGUGACCUGUCUUUGUGGAGAAAGUGCUGCAGAGAGCUUGUGAUUCAGAAAUCAGGAUUAUCUGCACAAUGUCAGAGUGCCCUAAACAUUUUAUGUACCUGUCUGCAGAAUUCAAGAUGACGGGUACUCUGCACAUUUUGCUGAGAAGUGCAAGAUUCAAUGGAUUGUUUCCAGAGCAAGAGCUGCUUCAGUAAGCUUGGGAGAAGACUGCAAACAUCACCAAACAAAAUGUCCAAAUCGGCACGAUCCCAGAGCUUGCCGCGAUCCCCAAAAACACCAAAAGUUAGACAUGAAGGAUUUUUUGCCAGACUGAAACGGAGGCUGCGAAUCAGCAGCAAGAAAAGCUACAGUGUAGGCGAGUCGGAUGGGAUUGUUUCGACUGAACAGUAUGUGCCACGCUCCUCGAGGGCGUUCAGCGAAGGGCAAGUAAUGGAUCCUAUAUCAUACAGUGAAAUGGGGCACAAUCUAGCAUGCUCAUUGGAGGGAUCAAAUCCAAAUGAAAGCUCCAUUGUGCGCGUGCGCGCAGAAUCACAAAAGAGCACACUAGAGAAUGGGCUUUCCCCCAAAAUAUUUUCUUCCAGCCAAGAAGAACUUGGCAGCAAUGCAUUCAUCUUGUCAGAAGAACAUGCUGUAGAUCUGGAUGAUGUCUUCAUCGCAAACAAUUCCCCGUUAUCAGACGGAGAAAUUCCGGAGAUCAUGGAAGAGCCAGGAUACGAAACUUUGGAUAACAUUCAGAAACAAAUAAAGGACAAAAAGGCAGAAAACGCCCUGGCUGGGAAUUCAUUUGAAAAUGGUGGCAUAGCUGUCAAGACUGAUUUCCAAAGAGGCGAAGAUGCAGGAAACAUUCGAGGUCAAAUGUCAAAGACAAGCUUAGACAGUGGGUUGGGCAGUCCAGAGCAGGGGACGCAGAGCCCGAACUUGGAGAGUGAAGGUGAAUGCCCUGAGUCUGUCCCAUGUAGGGAUGGUGAUGUCAAAGUUGGCACACAAAUGGUUCGAAGUUUUCACACAGUUCACGGGGCACCUGAUGUGAAUGUCUCACACAUCAGUGAGGAUGAUAUUUAUGCAAAUGCUCAAAUACCUAUACGAAAAAAAUCUGUGAAAAAAUCUCAAAGUGAGCCAGACAAUGUUGUGAGUGAUAGGGGAGACAGUGAAGCUGUCAGUCAACUGUCUGGCUCUGCUCCCAGUGAUAGAGACUCUACCAUGCCACCACCAUUACCUGAGAGGUGUUAUUCUCUGUACAUGGAUGACAGCGUGAAUUCUUUGGUUCCCGCUCCCCAGGAGCAACUUGGGUUAGUCAGUAGCACAAGCAUUCCUCCCCCACUGCCUGAUAGAAAAUACUCCACAUCUGAUCUGGUGGGGAUGGAAAGCUUAGGGACAGAACAUAAUGACAUCGACAAGCUUGGUGACAACAGAAACAAGAUUUGUGAUCGGGUUAUUGCAGAAAAGGCAGCGUCAAGUGUAACAGUAAGUGGAUCAAACGGGGCCCUGAGCCAUGGGUGUGAUGGGGGAGAGGAUAAAACAGCUCAUGAUGCAUCAAAAGAUAGGGGUGUACCAGGAAAUAACACCUGCCAGUUGGAUAAAUCUAAGUGCAGUAGUACUUCUGAUGUUAAGGGAAGUCUGCCUGUAGAGAGCACAAGCUCUGGUGGUACUUUGUCCAAGGUGGGUGUGACAGGUAACUGUAGUGGCUCGAACCUGUCCAGAAAGCUGCGUGCGGUCAGCAGACGAAGCGAUAAAACUGUUGUGGAAGUUUCUUUUGGGGCUGUCAAACUGAGAGAGGAAGUGGAUGGGCCUGGCGUGUUGCCCAGCUCAAAAUCUGACAGUGACUCAUCAGUUUGUAAUGGAGGAGGAAAUUCUAAAAAUGUUGGUGUGUUGGGUCAGGCUGGCUCUGCUGACACUGUUGAUUCAGUAAAGGCUGUGUCACAAAGAGCUGAUAUGUCAACUUCCUGCUCUGUCCCAGGUAAUACCGCUAAUGUUCAUGUUGUUAAUGGUGGUAGUGGUGAAAAGCAACAUGUGGUGAUGCCUGUAGAAAGUUCUCCACCCACAAUUCCUUCUGAUUCAGGAUCAUGCGGUGCAUGUGAGAAAAGUGCAGUACAAGAAAGCAGCAAAAUCUCUGAUCCAGACAGUGCCAGUGUGCCUUUGCCAAUGUCAUCAGAUAGUUCGCCUUCAUCUGGUGCUCACGCUGUCCUACCAAGAUCUGUAAUUGGUCAUUGUGUGGCCUUUACGAACACUAAUGUUUCUCAGGAUUCUGGUGUGCCCCAUUCUGUUUUACAAAGAUCAGCUCCCAUCGACCCAAAUUCUGCUUCAAGCAUCUCAAGCAUGACCAAGUCCGGUGUUGCUUCAAGCAUGACAGGGCCCAAUGUCACCACAACAAACUCUGACACCAGCGACAAAAUCACUGACUGUGUGCUGUGGAAUGCAAUCAAUGAAAGCUGCCAGAAUUCAGCCUCUGCCAGUCAGGUGGCAGAACCUGAGGCCAAUCAAACUAAUGCCAAAAGUGCUGAGUCAUUGCCCCGUGAAGGGGCUGCGGAGAUGAUGUGCUGUGGCAAUGUGGACACGGACGAUCUGUAUCGCGAUGAUGAACCCAUCCACAUGUCCCUACAGGAGGUGUUUGGCUUGAGUCCUGUUCUCCCUGAAAAGAACCCUAAGAGGAGGUCACGAAUGCAGAUAGACUCAGAUUCCAUCCUUGCAUUCCAAGAGAGUAUGCAACAGCUUAAGGAGUGUGGCUGGUACUGGGGUCCAUUAAACAGCAUUGAUGCAGAACAUAAACUGGCCAAUAAGCCCAAUGGGUCAUUCCUCGUGCGAGACAGCGCCAAUGAGAAUUACAUCCUCAGUAUUACUUUUAAAUCAUCCGAUAAAGUUCACCACACCAGGAUCGAACAUUUCAAAGGUAAAUUCAGUUUUUGGUCUCAGCCUGAAUCUCACGGGAAGAACACGAUUAAGGAGUUUAUUGACCAAGCCAUGGAGAACUCUCGAAAUGGACAGUUCAGGUAUUUUCUUCGUGCUCAAGGCCCUGGGAUGCCGCCAGUGUCCAUGUACCUGUUGUAUCCUGUGUCCCGAUUCAAAACAAUGCGUUCACUUAUGCACAUGUGCCGCUUCACGAUCUUGCAGAUUGUGCGCCGCGACCACGUGGACUGCUUACCCAUUCCGCUUAGCAUCAAGAAGUAUCUGAAAGAACACCAGUAUUAUGCAGAAAUCAUUGACGAUGAUGCAGAUGACGUUGUUGGUUUUGACCAAAAUGAAAACCACACAACUCGUCUGUGAAACUACAUGUUGGUUUUGACCAAAGUGAAAACCACACAACUCGUCUGUGAAACCACAUGUUGGUUUUGACCAAAGUGAAAACCACACAACUCGUCUGUGAAACCACAUGUUGGUUUUGACCAAAGUGAAAACCACACAACUCGUCUGUGAAACCACAUGUUGGUUUUGACCAAAGUGAAAACCACACAACUCGUCUGUGAAACCACAUGUUGGUUUUGACUAAAAUGAAAACCACACUAUUCAUUUGUAAUGACAUGUAACUUACCAAAUGUGUGAUUGAUAACUCGCCUCUAAGAGCCCUCAACCCAACAGUCAGUUGCCAAGCAGUUUUCUUUACAUUUAACUUAAAAGUCUGAUGGAAUAUCGUAAGGUGAUGAUUUUUGUAUCAAUUUUAUGAUUAUUUGCAAUCUUGUAUUUCCCCUUAUGGCUGCAAGACAUAAUUCCAGUGCUAUUGGAUUGAGGAAUUGCAAUUGUGCUGUAAAUGUCAGUUUAUUCUAAAACAGACUGUUUAAUAUACUGUAUUUCCAUAUACAUGUAGGAUAUGUCAAGUACAUGGUAAUUCCUAAUAUUUCUGCAAUUAAAUACAGUUAUAUGUCACACUCUUUUGAACUGUCAAUUUUAAUGCAUUUUUCGCUCACAAAAAAUUUGCCUAUCAAACAGUGAUGUGCAGGAAAAUUUGAACAAACUUUAUAACCCGCUUUUUAUUUCUGAUAAAAAAUUACAAGAGAUUUUAGUGAGACAAUUUUGUCAAAAUGGUCACGGAGUCUUGCAAGAACAAUCGGCAACCAAAGCCCAUCAACUUGGCAUGUCAGAAACACUUAUGCUUGAUAUUAAAAAUAUCUAAAUUUAGAUAUUUUAAUGAAAUUAGGUCAGCCAAGUAAAGAUUUACUUCAAAUUCAAUUUUCUUUUUGUAAAGAGAAAAGUAUACAGAAACUUAAGCCCAACUGAAAAACACCAUACCAUUCAUAUACCUACAUGAACAUGUUUGUUUUGCGCCCAACCCUUAUGAGUAAGGGGAGAUAAUUUAGCCUCCCUUGUGUGGUUUUGUUCUGAUGAACAGGUUUUUACUAGGAACUUUAUGAAACCAGAAAUGCAUAAUCAAAAGAGCAUUUUGUAAGAAGUCCAGUCUUUCCUUAUAUUGAAACAAAUGAGUUAAAUUGUCAUGCUCCAGCGCUAUUCCCAAAUUACCUUGUAUAUUUUUUUUUGUUUGGGUUGCUCAAUGAUUUGGGAAGUUGUUGUCAUUAUUUAUUGUGAUUUUAUUUGAAGGUGUAUAAAGUUGCAUAUUUUUUUUAAAUUUUUUUUUUAAAGGUUUAUGUCGUAUUAAUAUAUGUUCCAAAGCUAUUUUCAUAGCCAGUGCUUCAAUAAUUGUGUUUGCAACAGUUGUUUAUUGUAUCAGAUUUAGUAUUUAAAAUUAUAAAUUGUGUUCAUUUUCAAACUUAAUAAGAUGUUUUCCAUAUAUAACCUGCAACGGUUUUCAUUGUGUUGUGUGACAAUUUUUUACUCUUUCUUUACUCUUGGCAAGCUUUGAUUUAGAAGUUUGUUUGUAGCCUCUUUCUAGAUCUUUGGCACAUUCCAUUAUGCAAAUCCACAGAACUUAACACACAAAAAAAAAAAAAUGAAGAAAAAACAGAUUUGGAGGUAGACUAAUUCUUAGGCUGUGUUCAGUUGAUUUUGUGGUUCUUUGUAUUUGCCCUUUUGGGUUCACAGAGGUGUGGCUCUACUGUAUGCAUGUUCCAUUGGGGGAUGUUUAAAUUUCUUCCAAAUGGGUUAAAAAAUAUUUAAUGUUUGUUCUUUCCAAAUCACUAUACCAAAUUAAAAUCUGUCUUGAAGAUAGGCCUCCAACUAAUUUAUGUUGUUAUUUAACUUCAAAACUCGCAUUUAGCCAUUUUCAGAAGUCCUCCUAACCGCAGCUUGCUCCGAAAAACACAUCACUUAGAUGGGAGAGUGACUGCAAGGGAGACACUUCGGUGCAGCCCUACUAGUUUCGAGCAGUAAUGGUAUAGCAGUGAUGUUUUGUAAAAUGCUUGUUGUGCUGUGCGUGCUGAAUUGCUGAAUAACCCUGUGCAAGUUCUGGUGACAAGAAGCACAAAAUCAACGGAACAUAGCUUAGCAAAAACAGAGUGUAAUGAUGAGAUGUAGAUUGCAAAUUUUGAAAACAUUUUACUUUUUUAUAAUCUUGAUGUAUAAAGUUUGUGCAUUAUGAUAAUUAGCAAUUGUUUGUGUGAGAACAAUUGUAUGGCUGUAUGCAUUGUAUGUAAUUAAUUUUUUUUCUUUUUUAAGUAUCGCAAUAGCCUUAAAUGUAUUUAAUCGCUAGUUUAUUUUUGAAGAGUGUAAAGAAACUUAUGGGAAUUGACCAGAAGUAAUUUUUUUUCUCUUGCGGUGUAACUUUGCUGAAGUCAUGGAAGUUUUGUGCUCAAGCCAUAUGUGGUUUGGUCCAUCAGAUCUCUAUUCUUAGGUGGAAGUUGCCAAUUUUAUCCUGAACACUAAACUUUUCGUAAUUAUGAUAAAAUUGUCAGAAUUGAAAUUUAUUGCUGCUGUAUAAACUGUAGGUAGGUUUGCCAUUAUGUGUUCUUUUUAUAUAUGUAGAUUGUUAAAAUUAUUUUAUUAUUACUAAGUUAUUCAUGUAAUCAGUGAUGUUAUUAAUUAAUUUUGCUAUAUAAAGUAAGCUUUGACUGAAGUAUGUUUUUCUAAUGAUAUGGUGAGGAUGACCUAAAUUACCUAAAAUUUCGACCCAAAAAGUGCUUUAUCCUGGUGAAUAAGUGUCAUAAGACGUUGCGUCUGGUGCUGAAUCGUUGAAGUAGGAUAUCAUCCUACCUUCCAAUGAAAACUCAUAACUCUUCCUAAAAUUAAUAGAAUAUGUUAGAAUGUGGAAAACUUUUCGUCAUGGACGAAAUUUUAGGUCAUUUAUAGCUCAUUCACAUGACCAGAAUUUGUAAAAAUUGUAAAAAUGCGUACGUUCACAUUACCAUAUAGCCAAGCCGGUUUUAAACCAGUGUAGGGAUUUGCCUGUUCACAUGGUCACAUUUAAGCCCGUCUGGUAAUGACGACAUCAUCCUGACCUCCACGUACCCGGGGCAUUUAAUUCGGUUACUGUUCACACGGUACAGACAAACCCACUCAAGCCCUGAAACUAGCUUGAAACUAAACGUCACCGGCUGGGGCGAAUGAACCGAAUUAAAUCCCCCCACUUUGUGUUCACAUGGGCGACGUCAAAGUCAUUCGCAAGUUAAACGAGCUUAAUUUUUCCCAUGAGAGCGGGUAUUAGAGUAAAUUCUGGGUCCACACAAGACUUUUCUUUUCGGCAUUUUUUUUGGACCUAGACAUUGGUGUUUGUGCAGUGAACUCCAGUGUCUGUAGCAUGAUGCUGCAGUGAGGCAGUGCUAAAACUGUAAUCAUGACAACAUUAAGAAGUUUUUUUUUUUUUUCACAAAUCGUCAGAAAAGACGUCCAUUUUGAUAUUGGUACCUGUGUAAUAUUUCCAACAUUCAGAAGUAUGUUUUCAGUAAAUCUUUGAUGGAUUUACAAAUGUUUCAUGACACUAGUACACCAUACGCUUAUGAAUAUCUGUAUUUACACAAUAUACAUACAAACAAGCCAAAGACAAAGCUGAUAGAUUUACAGAAUAGGUUGUUUCCACGAUAAAAAUAUAAACUAAAGCAUAAAGGGGUAAAAAUUGAUGAUUUACAGAUCUGUUAAAAAGUCAAUGAAGGAAUCUCAGAGCAUGGGUAAAAAAAAAAUGGAUAUUUUCCUCCCUCCACUGAUUGAGGUCUCCACAGAUUAUUUGAUGACUGAAAGGGUAAGGAGGCAUCUGAAAGGCGAUGCGGUAGUCAAGUGCAUAAAACGUCUCCCGGUUGAGGGAUCUCU